GUGGCACCUGUGUUGUUAAUCCCACCGACCUGUUCUGCUCUGUUCCCGGUCGCUUAUCACUACUCAGCUCCACUUCAAAGUACAAAGUGACCAUUGCAGAGGUGAAGAGGCGCCUUUCACCACCAGAAUGCCUCAAUGCUUCCCUCUUAGGAGGUAUUUUGAGAAGAGCAAAAUCCAAGAAUGGAGGACGCUGCUUGCGAGAAAAAUUAGACAGACUGGGACUGAAUUUGCCUGCAGGAAGAAGAAAAGCAGCAAAUGUCACACUCUUGACUUCCUUGGUAGAAGGGGAAGCAUUACAUUUGGCCAGAGAUUUCGGCUACACCUGUGAAACAGAGUUCCCUGCCAAGGCGGUAGGAGAGCACAUUGCCAGACAGCACAUGGAACAGAAAGAGCAGACAGCAAGGAAAAAGAUGAUCCUAGCGACAAAACAAAUAUGUAAAGAAUUUCAAGACCUUCUAAGUCAAGACAGAUCACCCCUCGGAUCCUCCAGACCAACUCCAAUAUUAGACCUUGACAUCCAGAGACAUUUAACACAUUUCAGUUUGAUCACUCAUGGUUUUGGAACUCCUGCAAUAUGUGCUGCCCUAAGCACUUUCCAAACUGUUCUCAGUGAAAUGCUGAACUACUUGGAAAAGCACACAUCGCACAAAAACGGAGGAGCGGCGGAAUCCGGCCAAGGACACGCCAACUCGGAGAAAGCCCCCCUGCGGAAAACUUCAGAGGCUGCUGUGAAAGAGGGCAAAACAGAAAAGACAGACUAG